AUGUCGUCAUCCAACUCUCCAUGUGCGGCGUGUAAGCUCCUUCGGCGAAAGUGCGCCGAGGAUUGUAUAUUUGCUCCCUGUUUCCCACCGAAUCAGCCUGACAAAUUCGCCAGUGUCCACAAGGUUUUUGGUGCAAGCAAUGUCGGCAAACUUCUCGGGGAACUACACCCCUCGCAACGCCAAGAUGCCGCUAAUUCCCUUGCAUAUGAAGCCCAAGCUCGACUUCAUAACCCGAUUUAUGGCUCUGUAGGACUUAUCUCAAUCCUUCAACAAAGGCUCAAGCAAGUCCGAUAUGAGUUAUACAAUGCCAAGACAGAAUUGGCAACUUACAUUGGCCCCUCCGCGAUGUUUCCGAUACUUCAAUAUCAAGGGUUUGUGCAACAACACCCCGACAAUCCUUCGUCUUCGGUCAUGCCCUAUAAUGUGCAAUCGGUGCUGGGAUUACAUUCUGGGCCAUCGCUUUCUACUCAAUUGAUGAUCGGUGAGCCUCAGCAGCAGCAACAACAUCACUAUGAUCAGCAAGUGCUAGAUGCUCAGCAAUUAGCGGCUGUGGAGGCCGCGAGACAGCAACAGGAGAUGCUCAGGGCUUAUGAGCAGCAACGAUAUCAGCAACAGGCACAGCAGCUUGACCCUAUGAGAUCUAAUAUCGGGUUCGAUAGUGCUGGAGCUGGACCCUCUACGGCAACUGGGUUUAAUAUCGGGUUCGAUAGUGCUGGAGCAGGACCUUCUACUGCAACUGGGUUUAAUAUCGGGUUCGAUACUGCUGGGGCUGGACCUUCUACGGCAACUGGGUUUAAUCAGAUGACUGAAGCGGCUUUGUCAACGUCCCUGGCUUUGGGCUCCUACGGCAACCCUUAUCAGAUUCAAGAACAGCCAGAAGAGCAAUCUCAUUCCCAACAGCUUCAGGUUGAGCUUCAUCCACAGUUUUUACUUCAGCAAGAGCAGCUGCAGCAUCAGCAGCUACAUCCACAGCCAGAGCAACCACCGGCGCCACAGAAGCAAGAGACGACUGGAACCGACGAGCGUAGGAGCAAUAUUGGUCCGUUCUGUUAA